AUGUGGGUGGUGAACUACGACAUGCUUCCAACGAGAAGCAGACUUGCUACAUGGGGAAUGAUGGUUGCUACUGACUGUCCUUUCUGCUCUAGUGAUGUUGAAACAAGAGACCACCUGUUCUUGAAAUGUGAAUACGGCCAGGAUGUUUGGAGUGAAGUCUUCAUCAGAUGUCAACCGCCUAUGUUGAGCUUCACGGACUGGUCUGAACUGUUGUCUUGGAUCCUUUCAGCUGCGACACCAGAGCUGAAACUUCUUCGGAAAUUAGCCACACAAGUUGUGAUUUUUCAUCUGUGGAAGCAACGAAACAACCUGAUUCACAAUCACACUUCUCUAUCUGUUUCAUCUAUCUUCCAUUGCAUUGACAAGGAGUUGAGAAACAUUAUAUCUGCUAGGAAAGGGAGGAAACAAUUCAGGUCUCUCAUGUCCAUGUGGCUGAGGUGA